UUGAAAUUUGUUGAAGAAAUAAAAGCCAGGCCCAGGGCCGGAAGAUCGUGAAAGAAUACUAGGACGACGUCGUCUCCUUGUUCAAUAGGGAAAAGAAAAGAACCAAUAAAAACGCGGAAACACAAAAGAGGAACCAAAAGUUGAGGAUCAAACACAAAACCUUCAACAAGACGAUCGAAUCGAGACGACAGGUUGAUUGAUCAGAAACACUGCGGUGACCGAGUAGUUCAACAAAGCGAAGAUGUCCUCACUUGCAGCUGCUAGGGCAGACAACUUUUAUUAUCCACCAGAAUGGACGCCAAAGAAGGGUUCUUUGAACAAGUUCCAUGGUCAACAUGCUUUGAGGGAGAGAGCAAGGAAAUUGGACCAGGGGAUUUUGAUUAUAAGGUUUGAGAUGCCUUACCAUAUAUGGUGUGGCGGGUGCAAUUCUAUGAUUGCAAAGGGUGUUCGUUUUAAUGCAGAAAAAAAGCAAGUCGGAAAUUACUAUUCUACAAAGAUAUGGAGCUUUACCAUGAAGUCAGCCUGCUGCAAACAUGAGAUUGUUAUUCAGACAGAUCCGCAGAAUUGCCAGUAUGUGAUUAUUAGUGGGGCCACUCAAAAGGUUGAGGAAUAUGACAUUGUGGAUGCAGAAACUGUUGCACUUCCUGGAGACGAAGAAAGAGGAAAGCUCGCGGAUCCAUUUUAUCGUCUUGAACACCAAGAAGAGGAUUUGCAAAAGAAGAAAGAAGCUGAGCCAGUAUUAGUGCGCCUACAGCGAGUUUCUGAUGAAAGGCAUUUAGAUGACUAUGCCCUCAACAAGGCCCUCAGAGUAAAACUUAGGUCUCAAAAGAAAAGAGUUGCUGAAGAAGAGGCUGCUUCAAGGAAGAUGGGUCUUGGUAUACGACUGCUUCCAGUGGCAGAGGAGGAUGUUACUGCGGCAUCUCAUGUGAAGUUCGCUUCCAGGUUUGACAAAAGCAGGAAGGAUAAGCGAGCUUUGAUCAAUGCUGCUUCAAUUUUUCCUGGGUCGUCUGGUACUUCUAUGUCCAGUAAGAAGAGUUUGGAACUACAAUCUAAGAGAAGGAAAAUAAGUGCUGCUGCUGCAUCUAACUUACUUACAGGGGGAUUCAAGCCAUCAUCAUGGUCUCAGAAUGCAGUUUCUUCAGGCAGACACAAUGGAACUUUAGUGACAGUGAGACGCUCUUAGUUAUGCAACACCCAAUGUGAAAUGAAAUGGCUGUUUCUCAAGACACUAGGGAACUUCAGGUUCACAUGAAGCUCAUGGAAUCACACUUUCCCUUGUAGUUGGCUUAUAGAUCCGCCAGUUGUAAUUUGUUUUUCUUUUUCAUGUUACAUAUCACUUCUUUAGUUUUCCUCUCCUACCCUGUGCAGGGGAUCUGGUGUGUAUUUGGAGUUUUAUAAAAUCAUGUUUCAAGUAAUGAAAUGAAACGGCUGCUAUAAGAUGCCUGUAGCUUUUUAUACCA